AUGCAUCUCAAAAUAUUGACGCCAGUCGCAUUGGCGGCGGCCGUUGCUGCCAACGCGAGCGACAGUGAACCGUGUGCUCAAGUGAGCAAGCUGGUGGCCGAUGCCAACCAGGAAAAAACAACUGCUAAUGUGCCUCAUGAUUUGGCACACCGGUGUCUGCUAUCGAUGCCUUUUGAAUCAGAUCGUGCGGUCAAGUUUCUGGCACAGGUUCGCAAGAUCCUCGAGUUUCAGUCGACCAUCGAUAUUCUCAAGGAUCCGCCAUCCGGGUAUACAAUGCCCCCUACUGAUAUUCUGGGAGGAAUAGACACGAUGUUGGACAAGGCUAAGAGCAAUGUCUAUUCGAGCCAAUUCGAGAUGGACUUGGAAGUCAAUCAUCUCAUCAAAUCCGCUCAUGAUGGUCAUCUGUCUUUCCAGCUUUGCUCUCAGUCGAUUUUCACCUACAAUAUCGACAUGCCUUUGGUUUCAGUGUCGACAGACGGGCUCGCCUUGCCUCAUGUAUACGCUUUGGAUGAUGCAAAGUUACAGAAGAAUAAUCCAGAGGCAGUCUCUCCACUGAAGUCCAUCAAUGGCACUGACGUAGCGACCUAUCUGGAAUCAUAUGCCAGUGGUCAAAACCUCCAGGAUCGUGAUGCACAGUACAUACCUCUCUGGAGCACAAAAGCAAGAGAACAUGCUAACUGUUUCAGAUAUAAUCGAGUGUUCCCGGCUCCUGCUCGCAGUGUCGCCAACACCCCAACCAGUGUGAACGGAAUCUGGGCUUCCAUCGGAGAUUGGACUGAUGGCGCUGAAUUAUCUCUGGAAUUUGCAAAUGGCACAAAAACCACCACACAGAGAACCGCAACGCCAAGCGAGAGGUUCUUCUCCUACAAGAAUGGAACACACCUUUACAGUAUAGAGUGCCUUCCAAGGGACCUAUCCACCCCCCUGAGCACCUCAUCCGGCGCCGAGCAAGCAUCCUCAGAAAUCGCAGGACUUCCAACCACUAAAUGGCGCAACUCAGCCAACUCAAUUGCUGGAUAUUAUUCCAGGCUCCCCGACCUCCAAGACACAGCAGUCAUAUUCCUACCGACAUUCUCAUCCAGUGCAUCGGAAGUAGCCACUGUCGCAGUCGACUUUCUUCAAAAUGCCACUGCAACAGACAAGAAGAACGUUCUAAUCGAUCUGUCCGCAAACCCCGGUGGCUACAUGUCAAUAGGGAUAGACAUGUCACGGAUCUUCUUCCCCAAUGCUGCCCCGUACACAGCAACCCGCUACCGGGCACACGAUGCAGCCAAGUAUCUGACCAAGGCUUAUUCGCAAGAUAACCAAACUGAUUCAAGUAACGUCUUUGCCUACAAGCAGAUGGUUCGACCAGAUCAAAAGACAGACUUCGGCUCAUGGGAGGAUCUCUACGGCCCACAUCAGAUUCUGGAUAGUUCAGCUUCCAGUCUCCUGGCUAACUUCAACUACACCUCCACCUCGUCGAAGGUAUUUCCCAUAAACGGCUACGGGCCCGUUCCACUGAAACCAAGCAAGUCUCUUUUCUCAGCAGAAAAUAUCGCUAUAAUUACCGACGGGGACUGCGUCUCAACAUGUGCAUUCUUCGUCAAACUAAUGAAACGGCAAGGCGUACGCACAAUUACAUUUGGCGGCCGUCCCCAGAAAUCCCCCAUGCAAGGCGUAGGCGGCGUAAAGGGCGGCCAAUCACUCGGAAUCAACUAUAUCAACGGCUACAUCGAGCAGGCAAACGGAUUGAUUGCGAAAUCAGCGAAUGGCAAAUCGCCACUGCUGACGUCUGCCGAGUGGAAGGCAUUCAAUGAAUCCAGUCCCAGUACAACUGCUUCACUUCAGUGGAGUGGGAAUCUGAACUUGCGGAAUGAGUAUGAUCCAGAGGAUGAUCGGACGCCGCUGCAGUUUGUUUAUGAGGCUGCUGAGUGUCGGCUGUUUUAUACUUUGGAUAAUUAUUUGGAGAGGGAGACGGUUUGGCAGGCUGCGGCUAAGGCGAUGUUUGGGGGUGGGCAGUGUGUGGAGGGUUCUAUGAAGGGGAAGGGGAGUUUGGAUGCUUGA